AAGAGUUCUGCCAGUCUCUACUAGCCAGUUGAGCCACACACAGCCAAAGCAGCUGACGGAACAAAAUCAGAAGAACUAGAUCAAAAAAUUGAGAACGUGUAUCACAUUCACACAUGUUGAUACAGUAAUGAAUCGAUCAAUGGCAGAUGGCGGAUACAAACUUGUUUGAGAAAGACAGUUGAAUUGAUGCUUGGGUUGGGUUGCAUCGUAAUCACGUUUGGUGACGAACCACGUGGCGAAUCAAAUGGUCACUACGCUAACCUACUCCAGCAAACGCGAAGAAAUCGUAUGAGUUGCAACGCAACACAAGAAAAUUGCAGUUAACGACCACUAUUUGACAAUUUCCCUCCCUUCUUAUAUAUUAAAAUUAAAACCUCCUCUCUCUUCCAACGAUGGAAUAUACUCUUCUCCAUUCCAUUGUAUUUCACGAACGUUUCAUUCUUCUUCUUCUUCUUCUUCUUCACGCUCGCUUCAGAUCUACUUUCACUUCAUCUCGUUCUCUCUCGCAUCGAUGCCUUGUCAUUCUCGUGUCCUCAACCAUCUCCCUCUCCCUCUUCGUCCUUCUCGCAAACGCCUCUCUCUCCUCCCUCCUUCCAUUUCCCUCCUCCACUCUCCGCCUCUCCACUUCGAUCGCGCCACUCUCCAGUUGAUUGUUCAACAAUAUAGAUGCUCUGCUCCGCGUAAUGCUGUUUCUACCAAAGCCUUCGAUGAGGAUUCAUUUGACAUGCCGAUACUUGAUGAUUGGAAUACUGAUGAUAAUUCUCCUGCAUAUGUGUUCUCGUCCAGCGACGGUGAAGACAGUGAUGGUGACGUCUUUCUUACCCCAGUCAAUGAUGUUGAGUUGCCUUCUGUUUCUUCAUCAAAUAAAGACGCUCUAACGAUUGCUGCUCAUCGGCUUGCAACCAUUGGGAGGGGAAGCAGGAAUCAUAGGAUCAAGCUUGGCAUUUUCAUCACAAUGGGACUUAUAAUUUUCUUGACAGUACUGCUUAUAUAUGUAGAUUGGUGUUCUUGGAGAAUUGUUAGACUGCCCUUGUCACCAUUUUUCUUGACCUGCCCAUUUCUCAUAUCAGCCAUUUUGGCUUCUUUUGCUGGCUAUGUUUGUGUCCCAAUUUUUCGUUAUUUUGAAGUUAUCCAUGUAGUCAAGCAGCAAGGGCCUUUUAGACAUCGCUUGAAAAAGAGGACACCCACAUUGGGUGGUUUGUUCUUUGUACCUAUUGGUAUAAUUGUUGCUCAUGCUUUUGCUGGUUCCUCAUCCGUAGAAGUGUGUGGAGCAGCUGGUGUAACAAUUGCAUUUGCAGCAGUUGGUUUACUUAGUGAUAUAUUAAGCAUCACCAAGAAUCAUUGGAGAGGUUUGCCUGCAAUGGCAGAAGUUCUUUCAGAGGUAGCAGUUGGAAUGUGGUUUUCAUUUUGGUUGGACAUCACCAGUAUAUCUUCACCCUAUGGCAUGAAGAUGUUGGUACCGCUACCUCUGGGCCUUGUGCACUUGGGACGAUACUACCAAUUUUUGACUUCAUUUUGUUUUGUUUCCAUGGGACAUGGCGUUAAAUUAGCAGAUGCUCUUGAUGGACUCGCUGGGGGUGCUGCUGCAUUGGCUUUUACUGGAAUGUCAAUUGCUGUGCUUCCAAUAUGUUCUGAGCUUGCUAUAUUUGGAGCUUCAAUGGCUGGAUCUUGUGUUGGAUUUCUUCUACACAACAGAUACAAAGCUUCUGUAUUUAUGGGAAAUACAGGAUCAUUGGCCCUUGGUGGUGCAUUAACUGCGAUGGCUGCAUGUUCUGGAAUGUUCUUCCCACUAUUCAUUUCUUCUGGAAUAUUCAUACUUGAGUCAUCAUCAGUUAUCGCUCAGGUACUGUACUUGAAGAUAACUAAGGGCUUACGGGGAGGAAGUUGGCGCUUUUUUAGAAUGCCGCCCUUUCAUUAUUGGCUCCAACUACGUGGGUUCAGGGAACCCAAUAUUGUAUUAGGUGCAUAUCUGAUAUCAUCUGUAUUGGCUUUGCUUGGCGGCUAUGUGGGUCUAGUUUCAGCAUAAAGUCUUGAAACUUCUCAUUCUAACUUGAUAAUGGCAGUUGACCAAAAAAAAAAAACUAGAUAAUGGCAUGUCCUCAUUUUUUCACCA